AUAUUUUACAGUGGGAUGCAUAUUGCAUAAAUCCUGUGGGCUGCUGAAAUACAUUGGCGGAAUAGACUCAAAUUUCCUGGGAAGUUGAGAUAAAAGGCAUCAUUGGAAAUCAUGGUUGGAUCUGCUUCCUCAAAUAAUACGACAGCUCCUAUAUGCUUCUCCAUACACAGCCCACCUUUCAAAUACAACCACACCAUCGCCUACUUCUCUGCUAUCUUCAGUGGGGUGGGCCUCAGCUCUAACCUGUUUGCCUUCAUAGUUUUGAUCAAGGCCUACCAGCGGGCCCAGAGUCGCUCACGCUGCUCCUUUCUCAUCUUCCUCUCUGGCCUGGUGGUGACUGACUUCAUGGGGCUGCUGGUCACGGGUUCGAUCGUGGUCUCCUUCCACGCCACACGCUUCAACUGGCGUGAGCUGGACCCGCACUGCCACUUCUGCAACUUCAUGGGCAUGUCCAUGGUCUUCUAUGGGCUGUGCCCCCUGCUGCUGGGAGCUUCCAUGGCAGUUGAACGUUUCAUGGGCAUCAACCAGCCCUUCUCCCGCUCCACCAACAUGUCCAAGAGCCGGGCCCUGUUGACCGUAGUGAUGGUAUGGGUUUUUGCUGGCUGCAUCAGCUUGCUGCCUCUAGGAGGGCUGGGCAGCUACCACAUGCAGGUUCCUGGGUCCUGGUGCUUCAUCAACAUCAGUUCCAAGCCCCUUGACCUGAUCUUCUGCCUGAUCUUCUCCUUGGUGGGUCUGCUUUCGCUGGCCGUAUCCUUCCUGCUGAACACAGUGAGUGUGGUGACACUGCUGAGGGUGUGCUGUGGCCAGGAGGCCAUGCAGCGCCGCAGGAACCAUGAACUCAACAUGAUGGGACAGCUCACCUGCAUCAUGAUCAUCACCUCUAUCUGCUGGUGCCCCCUGCUGAUAUUCAUCCUGAAGUGCGCCCUGUCAGCAGAGACUGUAGACCUUGAUCUCCUUUUGCUGUUCCUGCGGCUGGCCUGCCUCAAUCAGAUCUGUGACCCCUGGAUCUACAUCCUAUGCCAGCUGUCCUGUUUAAGGCAGGUAACAUCUUUGCACAAAUCAAGGACACCCCUGUUGAGACUCAGGUCGUGGAAUGCAACUAGGACUACUGACAGAUCAUGAGGUCCACACCCAUGGUCUCAGUAGGCAAAGAGCAUCACCCUGUCCACCAUGAGUCAUCACCAAGUAAUCAUGUUACCAGGAAAGGGAAAAGCAGUGGAAAACCCAUGCAGAACGAUGAACACCAGAGCUAAAAAAGACUGAACCUUUCGUGAGUCAGAGUAUUUCCCUGUCAAGAAUCUGAAGUGAAUUCAAAGGAAAGUUCUGUAUUUGCUGUUUAUAUUCUUACUAAUUUCUCUCACACAUGCGGACUUCCACAUUUGACAGAAUCCAUGCUGUGUGUGUGCCACACAGUCCAACCCAGCAAAGAAGAGGAAAUGCAAUAAUACGCCACUUGCACUUUCAGAGGGCUGUUGGAACUCCAAUACAGGAAUAUCAAGCAAUAUUCCAGCUUUUGUACACCAGUUCUUUAAUUUGGUGCAGGCAAAGCAAAAGACGGUUCAUUCAAGGAGAAGGCCGAGGCUUGCCUAUGUUUUGUGUUUUACGCAAAUUAAACAAAAUCAAAACAAAGAAGUACACACGGCCCUGUUUCAUACAAAUAAAUACUAAGCUCUGCUCCACCCCUUCUAUUGUUCUCCCUUGCUUCUGCUGCCUACAUAAACACAGUUUCAGUUCCCGCAGCUCUGGCCACAGAGAGACUUCUACAUUUCCGACAACACGCCACCUCACCACAUGAGAAAGGGGGCAGACUCGUUGCACUUCCCACUUUGGUGAAGUUACAGAUGCUGUCGCCUCAUGUCAGCCUGGUGGCUCCACUCACAGUGGUACUGCAAUUUUUGUCCUGUAGCGGUAUCGUACAAAGAC